AUUUAACUUAGUUUUAUACCUAGGGAUGUUGUUACAUUGGAUUGCUUAGCUCUGCAGUACGGUUUGGUUAAGACACCAAACGCACUGAUGUCAGCCCUUAGACAUGGACAUUCGUGACAGUGCUUCAGUCAAAACAGUUUAUCUAUGCGUGUAAUUCGACUAUUAAUUGUUGGCUUAACCUGCAAACAUGACUCUCAGUCUGACACCCGCGGCCGUUUGUCAGUGCUUCACCCUGGUGUCCCUGUGCACUUCCAUCGCUGAUCCGAACUGGAUUGAGGUCCGGAAUACCUCAGAUCCCAGUGGCAGGCAGCUCAUCUAUGGGGUGGCGUUCACUCUGCACGCAGCGCAGAAUCUGACCGACACAGGUCCCCUGGGCGGGUCUAAUGGCCUGGGUUUGUGGCUGCUGUACGCUCUGGCUGCUGUGUGUUAUGGUACGGUCCUCCUCUCGAGCUCUGCUUUCCUGCUGGACUUCCUGGGCAUCGGGACCGCUCACCCCAGGCCGAUUGGAGCACUUCAUGUUUGCACAGCUGUGCUGUCUGUGGCUAUCCUGGGGGUCUUCAGCGCUUGCAUGUUCGUCAUCUCGCGUAACCUGCAGAAACUGGGAGCGCCAGCGAAGGGCUCCGUGUCUGCCGACAAGCGGAUCCUGGAGCUGCACGUGGGCGAGAGCCUGAUCAUAGCCAUACUCGGCAUCAUCUUCUCCUGUUCGGCCGCAGCUUUCAGCCUGUGCAGCCAAUCAGAUAGAGGCGGCACAUCAUCAAGGGACUGCGCGGUCAUCGAGGAGGGUGCGGACACUGAGCCCCUGAUGGGUGGAGCCGAGAGGGAGGAGUGUGUAGGGGAGGUGUCGCCUGACUAAUCGCAGCCAAUAGAAAGCAGAGCCUCAGUCACACCCACUAAUGAAAGAAGUGCCUGCAGCAGAAGGACUAUGAAGUUGGUGUUGGUGGAGGCCAGAAGGAAGUCCGAGCACCAAAGAUGUCACUGAGACACUGUAAAGCACUGAUCCCACCACUGGUCUCAUCUGGUCUGCCUAGAAAAUGUUCCCAUUUCCAUUGGCCCAGAGAAGAACUCGUAUUUGGUUUUGUUACUUGACUACCUUUUCAUGGUUAAUGUGUUAUGUUCUGUGUUUUUUUUUAUGUUGCAUUUUUUCCCCGUACUGAUGUUUUUAAAAUGAUAAGUCAGAACCAGUUGCUCUUUGGACCAACACCACAAUGUAGAAGAAGCACAAAUGUUUAACAAGUCACCACAAACAUAGUUUAUUUUACAUGCCACUUUUUACUGAGUGUUAUCCUGCUGUCCUGGCUUACGUGCACAUUGUGAUGUAAUGCACAUCAAAGAACAUAUUUUAUUUAAAUAUUUUCGGCAUGUUUCCAUUACAUAUCAUGGUGCAAGGGGACCUUCAGCACUUUUUAAUGAUUAGGAGUACAAAUGGAAUAUUAAUUUACGUUACAAAUGUCCGGUUUAGCUAGAUUAUUUUGAGAAAUUUACCUUGUAAAAAUAAUUUGCAAUGGAAGCCAUUUAAUGGUCAAAUUACUGGUCUUGAAAAUUAUUAAAUUGUUUACUGAGCUCUAAAGAGUUUUAUGACACAACCCAGGAAGGCCAAGUCAUUUCAUUCAAACAUCACCAUGUCCAAAUUAUAUGCAGUCCUUCAGAGAUUUUUGCACAAGUGAUUAGGGGGAGGAUAGGUGCCCAGUGUUUUAUUCCAAUUUUUACCGUUAUUAUUAUUAUUAUUAUUAUUAUUAUUAUUUAAAUGUUGAAAUGCCUGUUUUACUGUGACACCUGUACACUGUUCAAUACCAGGCUCUUUUUUGAAGGAGAUACACUAUCUUACAGUCUUUUUAAAAGACUCACAGGCUUCAGGGACAAACUUGAUUAAUUACUGAAGAUUCUGUAUACAUCCUUUGCAUGGCAUUAAUGAAUAACAAAGUAUAUCAAUAUUUUUAAUACAUGCAAACAGCAACAACAGUUUUAUGGACCAAAACCUAGUUUUGUGAUCUUUUUAACAGCAGGAAAGUGUGUAAUCAUGUGCAUGUGUCUGUCCUUAUGAUUACAUUUGCAUGUUUUUCUUCUAUAACAUCAUAUUGCACCAUAUUUAACAUCUUUGCUUUUUAGUGGUUAAACACACAAAAGCUUUGACUUUUGUGUGUUUAACCACUAAUUAAGAUCAGAAACCUGUAACAGUUACUGGUUUGAAGUCCUGAUUAUUACUGUAUAUGAGAUUCAUCUUAAAUCAGUCUCCUUUCAAUUAGCAAUGAUUCACGAUACAACAGAGCCAUAGGUUUAGUUGUAGUUAAUCAUGUCAGCUACAUCCAGUUGGCCUGUUUACAUUCGAGUUUGCCGUUUACGAAUCGGAUAAAUCAAUACUAGUGACGUCUUGUGUUAAAAUACGAUCUGUGCAGUGAUACUGAUGUGUGAUUUUGCAGUCCGGAGUGUACCGUCUGAAUGUCUUGAAAUGAAAACUAGGUAUUAAAGUUUGACUGUUGCUUGCAUGCGUCAUCUCGCGUAACCUGCAGAUUUACAUGCAUUCAUAUUUACAUGCAGCAAUUCAUUUUUUUGUAACAAAUGAGGAUCCUAUUGGAUGGAUCCUCUGCACGCUGUUGGUUGCUGUUGAUAUUUUAAUCUUAUAUUGUAUGUCUGUCUGUUUUAACACCUUUGUACAAGCUGAUCAAGACAUGAAACCUCAACUGUAAAAUGCUCUAUGUAUCUUUCUCUUUCUGCCUCUGUUUUUUUUUUAUCUGUGAUUAAUUUAUAUUUCCUGAUAACCACAAUUUUCUUUUCUUUUUAACCUUAUUAAAUCCUUCUUCGGCGUCUGUCCAUAUAUAAUACUCAUCAUAUUGGUGAUGCACUGACUUGACUGUACUGUGUGACUUAGUUUUGUUUCCUCAUCUGUCGUGUGUGUGUGUAGAGGAUGUGGAAGUACAGUAUAUAUGUGGGACAUCAUGUUGUCACACUGUGGUGUACUCUGAAGCCUUUUAAGGCUGCCUUUUAGCUUUUUUGUCUGACGUUCUGUGUUUUAACAUUUCCUGUGUAUUACUGCACAAACUCAAGGGUGAGUUAAAUAUACGUGGUUUCCCCUG